UCCAGCAUUUUUGACGCGUUGAGGAUUUUUCCGGCCCUGCAAGAUGGAGCUGCAAAUGAUUUUGUCUGCCUUCGUAUUCUUGACCCUAUCAUUUUCAGAAAACGUUGGAUGUUCUAGAGGGCGGGUUGGACCUAAAGUGACUGAAAAGGUGUUCUUUGACAUCACAGUGGCAGGCCAUGAGGUUGGCAGGAUCGUGAUUGGCCUGUUUGGGGAGGUUGUUCCCCUGACUGUGAAUAACUUUGUAGCUCUUGCCACAGGAGAGAAAGGAUACGGUUACAAAGGAAGUAAGUUUCAUCGGGUAAUAAAGGAUUUCAUGAUCCAAGGAGGUGACUUCACAGCUGGAGAUGGCACUGGAGGUAGAAGCAUUUACGGCAACCAAUUUGCUGAUGAGAACUUCAAGCUGAAGCACCUUGGAGCAGGUUGGGUAAGCAUGGCCAAUGCUGGACCAGACACCAACGGUUCCCAGUUCUUCAUCACUGCGGCCAGGGCACCUUGGCUGGAUGGGAAACAUGUGGUGUUUGGAAAGAUCCUGGAGGGUAUGUCAGUGGUUCAUACCAUCGAGCUCCAAGACACCAAUGACCGAAACCUUCCCUAUACAGAGUGUGUAAUUGUCAACAGUGGGAAGAUUGAAGUCAAAGAGCCCUUCAUUGUGGAAGUGGAGGGCUGGUAGGGUUAUUACCUCUUUCACUUAGAUAUAUCCAUUAUGCAUACAAACAUUAUGUAUUUGUUAGUUUUUUUUACCAUAAGAGCAUAUCUGUGGCUAUUUAGUGGGUGUACUUACAAUAAACAAAAUUAAUAUACUUCCUUUGUGAGAAAAUACCAUUAAUGAGGAAUGCAUUAACCUGUCGUACAAUUAAAUGCUCUUAUCCAGAGUGACUCACAGGAGCAUUUAGGGUUAUUUGACUUGCUCCCGGACAGAACUUUUCGUUACAUGCCAUGACACCUAGGAGAUUUGAGCUAGCAACCUUUCAGUUACUGGUCAGAUGGCAGUGGCUACUUGCCGCCCUUGUAUAUUAUUUAUUUUUCUUUAAUCUACACUACUUGCCAAAUGAUUAACCUGUAACUGCCAACAUUAUCAAUAUGUAAUUUGCACUAUCCUCUCAGCACUUUGUCAUGCAAAGCUGACUUUUUUUUUUACAAUAACUUUUUUUACAAAAGGUUGAUGCAAGCAAGUAUGCAAUACUUUACAGGUUUACACAUGUUAUGCCUCAAAUUUAAUCAAAACAGCUGCAUGUUGUUAUUUAUGUAUAUCUGAAUCUUAUUGAUAUUCUCAUUGCGAAUAUGUUGCAUUAUCAUUGUGUAUUUAUCAAUGUUGAUUAUCUAUGAGAAAUCAAAUUGUCAGGGUUAUUAUGGUACAUGUAGCCGGCUGUAAAGUUAUUUUAAAAAUAACUCCAUGCCAAAUUGCACAGAAAAAGAAAUGUAACAUGUUUUGGAUAAAAUGUCCUGAUAUUUCUAUUGGCUGUGUUUUUUUAAAUUUAAUAUAUUAGAAAGGAAUAAUUUUUUGUCUAUAAUUAUAAUUGAAACUAAAUAUAUAUACACAUCAUAUCAUCCAAUAAUAUGUUCUAUUAUUUGUGAAGCAAUAAUAGGGAAUGAAAGUGCCAACAAGUGUAUUUUCUACAAUAAAAUGCUUUUGUUUGAAUUUA